UCCAGCUAGGACGUAUAUGGACUAUGCGCGGGUUUUUGUUGUCUUUAACGAUUGUUGUUUAAGGAAAGUACGCGUGUUCCCAGUUUUCGAAUACCAAACUGUUCGUGUUUUGAGCGGGGACUCAAGUGAUUGUGGGAGUAUUCGGAGAUAGUGUUUUGAGUGAUGAGAAUUUCCUGGAUAGAUUCUUUUUAGUUUGAAAGAAAAUGAUUUUGGGAAUGCACUUUAUCGUAUAAAGGAAUACAAGUAUCUUAAGUGUUCAUUAUAGAUACUCCCCGAAAACAACUCUUCUGGUUUGCAAAAUUGCCGACCAUUCCUUUAUGCCCUCCGAUAGUGGAAAUAUAGCUCCAUUCCUUAAUUAGAUUUCCACUAAAAACUUUUGCCACAAUUUUUUAAUUGGAUUUGUUCAAAACAACGCGAAAGAAGUUUAUUUAUGGUUGAAGCAAGUAACCUUCUCCAUGAAAAGGAUUCAAGAAAAAACAGCCGACGUACCUCGUAAAGGAAAUAUUGUCACUUAAAUUCAUGAUCAUAUAUUUUCCUUAAAUUAUCGCUCAUCCUUCCUUAAAGUGCGAAUAUAAGAACAGUACUUCGUGCCCAAUAUCGAGGGGUCCCUACGUGAUCGCCAACCUGCCCGUAUGUUGCAGGGAAUUUAAUUGCUUAUUGAUUUAUGGUGCUCGGAAAUAAAUGACUUGCUUACAUGCAACUCAGCGAUAACUUUGUUAUUUGAGUUGAAGAUUUACUGGUCCCUCAGUUGCUACUGUUUUGAAGUUCGUAAAUGGAUUGGGAAAUAAAAAGAUACUUCUUUCGGAAUAUUUUUAAUUUGUAUUUUAAUGCUGUUGCGUUUUCUUCAAUAAAUGAAAGUAAAUAAAAGUGUUUCAGUUGAUUCGCUCAACGAGACUAGUGAAAACUUAACCACUUCCAUUAACAGAGGAAUGCCAAGCUGUACCUCAGAUAAUAAAAGAAUAAGUGGGAACGGAUAAAUAGUGAAAUAAAUUACAAAACAAAACCUACCAGAAUUUUCUGUAGAAGAAAGGAGUGUGACAGUGGUCUGUGAAUUCCCAUCACAAGUUUACCUGGAAGUUUAAGGAGGCAACAAAGUUAAGAACUUGUUCCAAGACUGCACUCCAUAAUUGGAUAGGCCGCUGUCGUCUCGGAUGUUUCUUCGAAUUUAAUAUAUGAUAUAAUUGAUCAAGAGACUAAUCACCAAUUUCGUGAUCGAUCGAAGAACGGAUCCAUACUGCAUCACUGACUUGGCUUGCACCAAUACACAAUGAAGUCAAUGACUUUUGAUCAGUCAACCAUAAUGUCGGACGCGAAUAACAAUAGCUCCGGGAGUCUAGGGGGAAGCAUGUUGAGCGGGAGCGGUACCAGUAGCAGCAUCAAUAAUCCUAUCAGUAAUAUUGGCGCCAGUAUCAACAACAAUAACAUUAAGAAAGCAACAAAUGAGAAAUAUUCGUUACGACAAAGACAAAAACGACAAACAAGCGGCCGGGGAGCGGCCGCGGCUAGUGGUGCAUCGGCAACUUCUUCAGCAACCUUGAAAGACAUUAGCUCCGAUCAGCAGCCGACCGUUGCCAAGGAGAAACCUAAACCCAAGGCAGCACCGUUGAGCAAGUAUCGCAGAAAAACAGCAAAUGCCCGCGAACGGACAAGAAUGCGUGAGAUAAAUUCUGCAUUUGAGAAUCUGCGACGAUGCGUUCCGCAUUCGAUAGGAGGCGGUGGUCGGACUAGUCCUAGCAGCACCAAUGAGAAACUGACUAAGAUUACGACACUGAGACUUGCCAUGAAGUAUAUUAGGACGCUGAGCGAGGCCCUGACGAAUCCUGGGUACGAUGUUAGUUUCCUAUGCGCCUCGAACAACAAUAGCAAUAACUUCAAUAACAACAACCAAGUCAGCAGCAUUCCCUGCACCGCAACCAGUAAUUUCGAUAAUCUAUUCACACAAACCGUAGUGGAAGCACCGAUGGUACCAGUCAAAGUCCGUGCCACCGCGGCUAAGUCCCAGAGCAGGUCCCGACAGAAAGCCAAGCAGAAGUUGGAGCCAGCAAGUAUGGAUAUUAGCAUUCCUAUGCCGUCGACCUGCUUAGAAGAUAAUCCUGCAGACUUGGGAUUACUAUUGGAGUCCGACGGAGAAUCUUUGCACUUAUCCGAGCCUUGCUUGAGCCCUCUUGGUCAAAAUAUGAAACCAUUCAAUUGCAAUCCUGCCAACGAUAAUCCUUUGGAGCUAAGCCUUCUUUUGGAUUCGGACAGUGAUUCGCUGCAGUUUUCAGAGCCUUGCCUUAGCCCGCUGGGAGCCCUCGAUUCCUUCAAUCCAUUCGGGGAUCUUCUGCAUACGGAAUUUGCGGAACACACAUCUCUAGAUAUGUAUCUGACGUGACCAGAUGUCUUGAUUAUCCUACGGUCCUUUACUGCUAAAAUUAUAAUAGGCUAAAAAUCUCGCUCCUGUAUAUCUAAAUAGGGAUUAAUUCUAGGACACUAAUUUAUCAAAAUUGUGUAUAAAGCAUAAAAACUGUUUAUAGUGUAAGACGUGCACGAGUAUCUAAUUGAAAACUAUCGAAUUUAAUUCGUGUCAUUCUGAGAUAAGAAUUAGAUUCCAAACUACAAAAAAAGUAAAUCCCAUUCAAUUCUCGACGUGUCAUAAAAGUAGGCUAAGUAGAAAAGUAAAUUUUUGUUGCCAAUUUAUUGUAUAAAGAAAUAAUAGACAAUUAAUUGUAAUGUAAUGUAAUAUAUCUACUCUAAGUGAAGAUUUUUUUACUUUAUAAUUUAACAUUAAUUGCCCAUUAUACGGCGCACUUAUCUCUGUAAUUUCUAAUUAGAUUUAUCUUUUUUAUGUUCACUACUGACCGCCAGAUGUGUAAUUUGAAACUCGUUUUGAACGAAGUAGUUUAUAGCACAGAACUGUAUGAAAAACUGAUUAAUUGAAUUUAAGAGUAGACAAAUUUGUAAGUGUAAUAGAUUAAUUAACUUUUUUAAUAAUAUUUAUCUUUUUUUGUAACGCAACACUAAUAAAAUUCC